AUGAUCCUUGUUCUUGGCUCGAAGAAGAGAAACCCGCAGCAACGAUUUCCUUCUCUCGGGAUCCAUCUCUCUUCCAAGGAUCAAUCGGUGCCAGAUCUCGCAAAGACCCAGCUCCAAAAAUCCCUCGACCAGCUCGAGAGCCGCGAGGUCCGAGGAGAUUUCACCCUCUACAGCUCGCUCCUAGCUCAAUGCAGCGCCGCCAGAUGCCUCGCCGCGGCACGGCGGAUCCAUGCCUUGAUCCUACGCGAUCGAUACAACUCAGAGCUGGUCAUCAACAAUCUAGUCGUGAGGAUGUUUGGCGCUUGCGGUGGAUUGGACGAAGCAAGGAGUCUCUUCGCGAGAAUUCGUCCCAGGAACGUUUUCUCGUACAACAUCAUGCUUGGCGCACUUGCCCAAAACCGGCAUCUUUACGACGCAAGGAAUCUCUUUGAUCUGAUGCCUGGAAGAACAGAUGUGUCGUGGACUGCAAUGAUUUCCUCUUAUGCAUCCACCGGGGAAGUCUCGCUAGCGAAAGAAAUCUUCGAUGAAAUUCCCGAAAAGGAUAGGAUUUCAUGGAACGCGAUGAUCACAGCAUAUGCCCAAGCUGGGUAUUGUUACGAGGCCCUUGAGAUGCUCAGAAACAUGGAUUUGGAGGGCCUCCAGCCCGACAACAUAACAUUCAUCAGCAGCAUAAAUUGCUGUUCCACUGUCGGCUGCCAGGUGACGGGGCGACAGCUCCAUGAUGAUGUCGUUGAUUUGGGCCUCAUGGCGCAUGUCUCCGUGGCCACUGCCUGCGUUAGCAUGUACGGGAAGUUUGGUCGGCUCGAGAAAGCCACUGAGAUCUUUGACAAAAUGCCGCAAAGGAAUGGUGGACAGCUCUAUAACGCAAGAGUAAUGUUUGAUUAUAUGCCCAUGCAGAACGCUUCUACGUGGAACACGCUGAUUGCGGCGUUUGGCCAGAGAGGGGAUUUGGAGGAAGCCACGGACUUGUUCCAUCGAAUGCCGCUGCCGAAUCUGAUAUCUUGGAACACCAUCAUCUUUGCAAAUGCCCAAAACGGGCGUGGAGAGAAUUCCAUCAAGCUGCUGAUGAGAAUGGAUGUCGAGGGACUUCGUCCAAACCGAGUGACACUUCUUGCGGUCAUUGAUGCCUGUUCUAACAUCGGAAACACCGAUCUGGGAAGAAUGGUCCUCUCAAUUGUCGAGGAAAUGGAGUUUACACACCAAGUUGCGAUUGCUACCGCAUUAGUGGCAAUGUUUGCGAGGUGCCAGAAUCUGGACAGCGCCAAACUUGUGUUUGACAAUGCGGAUCAACACGAUGUCAUGCUAUGCAACUCUAUGCUCUAUGCGUAUACUCAAAACGGGCAUCUUGAGGCAGCCAAGAGGAUGUUCUCACAAAUGAAGGAAAAAAAUACAGUCUCUUUCAACCUGAUGAUAACCAUGAACGUCCAAAACGGGCUCAUAGAUGACGCCGAGAAGAUGCUUUCGACAAUGCCAGACCGGGAUGUUGUCUCAAACAACACAAUGAUGCUGGGCUAUGCCCAGGUUCUCAAGCUGGAGCAAGCAAAGUGUAUCUUUGACAAGAUGCAAGAGAAGAACAUCGUGUCAUGGAACACGAUGAUUCUCGCAUUUGCCCAAAAUGGCCACUACAGCGACGCAUGGCUGCUUUACAGAACUCUCAACUUGGAUGGCUUUCAUGCGAAUAACUUCACCUUUGUUGGUGCACUGGAAGCCCUCUUAGGGAUUUCAUCGCUGCGAGAGACGAGAGCUCUCCACGCGAUGAUCCUCGAGAGUGGAUUCCUCUCCGACGUGAGCGUCGCCACUGGGCUUGUGAACGUCUACGGAAAAUGUGGCAACAUAUCCGAGGCUACCAGGAUCUUUCAUGGCAUGCCCACAAAGAGCAUGGUAUCCUGGAGCGCCAUGAUAACGGCAUAUGCCCAGAAUGGGCAUAACAUGUCAGCCUUGACGUGCUUUGGGCUCAUGCAGCAGCAGGGUUUCGUACCGGAUGCCGUGACGUUUGUGGCCGCCAUAUCAGCUUGCAGCCACGCGGGGCUUGUGGAGGCCGCUCGAGGCUACUUUCUCUCGAUGCAAGUGGACUUCAUGAUUGAUCCAAUCUGCGAGCAUUUUGGGUGCUUGAUCGAUCUGCUGGGCCGAUCUGGGAAGCUGGAAUCUGCGCAGGAGUUGAUCAAGUGCAUGCCGUUUUUGCCGGAUUCUAGCAGCUGGACGGCACUCUUGAAUGCCUGUUGCAUACAUGGCGAUCUCACUAGAGCCUCGAGCAUUGGUGAUUUGAUAAUUGAGAUGCCGGGAUGUGACGAAGCUGGGCCUUAUGUGCUGCUUUCUAAUGUUUACAGCGUCCUAGGAGAGCGAGGGAAAGCUGCAAGAGUCCAAGAGAUUCUCUCCAGAAAAAUAAAUAAAGCUCCUGCGAUGAGCACCUGCUCACCUGGAGAUGAUUUCCAGACCUCUCUGGACGAUGAUCUUCCUGUCUGCCAAGCUUGA